CUUGGACCUGUCUCCUGCCCUCCUCUGCUUCCUGGCUGGCUCUCUUCAUAAGGAAUCAGUAAGAUUCUGAAGUAGGGUACCUCCACCCCCCCUUCUCCCCUCUGUGGCUGUUAAUGGAGACUCUGCUAGAAAGAACACAGUGAGGUGUGUUCCCAGACAUCAGGAUGAGGUCCUCAUUCCUGCUUGCUGUUCUUCUCUGGGUCCAGAGUGUUUUGGCUGAGGAAGACCCAUGCCACUCCUGGGAAGGAAGCUCAGGAGAGGAGAGUGGGGGCCCACCCCCUAAAGUGAACAUCAGCAACCAGGGAAAGCCUACUAGCCUCUUUUUGAGCUGGGUGGCCCCAGAGCCAGGUGGGUUCCACCAUGCCCUCCGCCUCACACGUCUGAGUCCUCUCGGCACUCCAGAAGGGCAGCAGCUCCAGGCCCUCAUCAACACAUCCAGCUUCGAGUUCCAGGACCUCGUGCCAGGGAGUCGCUAUCAGCUGGAAAUGACUGCCCUGCGACCCUGUGGGCAGAAUGUCACCAUCACGCUCACUGCCCGCACCAUCCCAUCAACUGUCCAUGGACUGCAGCUGCAUAGCCCUGGGAGCCCAUACAGCCUGGAGGCCUCCUGGGGUGAAGCCCCCGGAGAGCAGGACGGCUACCAACUUCUCCUUUACCACCUGGACUCCAAGACAUUGGCACAUAAUAUCUCCCUGCCUCCAGACACCCUGUCCCACAAUUUUGGUAACCUCUCGUCAGGUAGUGAGUAUGUUUUAGAAGUUAUCACCUGGGCUGGCAACCUCCAAGCAAAGACCAGUCUCCACCAAUGGACAGGUGAGGUGGGCACUUGGGCAAGGCCCCAGAGGGCAGCCAAUGAGGAGUGGUGGGAGUGGUUUGGGGGCUCCCUGGUGCCAGGGUCAGAGCAUCCUGUUCCAGGGCCCUUUCUCAAGUCUGACUUGGCUUUCUCCAUCCUUCUUCCAGCCCCUGUGUCUCCAGAUCACCUGGUGCUGUGUACCCUGGGCACCAGUGCUGUGCAAGCCUCCUGGAAUGGCUCCGAGGGAGCUGCCUGGUUCCGACUUGUGCUCACAGACCUCCUAGGUGGCACCAACUUGACUGCAGGAGUCAGACGUGGGGUCUCCAAUCACACCUUCCUUCACCUGUCUCCAGGCACCCCUUAUGAGCUGGCUCUUACUGCUGUUGCUGGGCCCCAUCAGAUAGCAGGGCCCCGUGCCACUGAGUGGACCUAUCCCUCUGCCCCUUUUGACCUGGUAUUGACUCCCCUGUCCUCCAAGCUCUGGGCGAGCUGGAAGGUAGGGCCAGGUGCCUGGGAUGGCUUUCUGCUGAGGUUAAGUGGGCCAGUGGAGCAGAAUAUCACUCUGGGCCCUGAGGCCCUCAACACCACAUUCCCAGGGCCCAUACCCAGUGGACUCUAUGCUCUGGAGCUAAGGGUCCUGGCUGGGCCCUAUGAUGCCUGGGUCCAGACUUGCACCUGGCUGGAUGGUCCUGCAGCCCUGCCCAGACCAGAAAAUGGCACCAAGUUGCAUCUGGAUGGGCUGGAAACAACCAGGGAGCGUGGGCAACGGGUACUGCUCUACGCUGAGGGUAGCCCAGGCUUCCUUGGAAACAUUUCCAUGCCACUUGGUGCCACUCAUAUCACCUUUUGUGGGCUGGUGCCAGGGGCCCGCUACCGGGUGGACAUUGCUUCAUCUCUAGGAGUCAUCACCCAGAGCCUCGUGGGCUACACACGUCCCCUGGCACCACAAUCACUGGAAGUCACCAGGAUGGAUAGCCCCUCUGAUCUGUCCAUUGGCUGGACCCCAGCACCAGGGCAGCGGGAAGGCUACAGGGUCAUGUGGCACCAGGAGGGCAGCCAGAGGUCACUGGGCAGACUUAUUGACUUGGGUCCAGACAAAUCCAGCCUGACCCUGAGGAGUCUGGUGCCUGGUUCCUGCUACAACGUAUCUGUGUGGGCUUGGGCAGGGAACCUUAGCUCCAGCAUCCAGAGGACCUGCACCUGUACCUACCCUGCUUCUCCUGCCAACUUGAGCCUGGGCCUUGUCACCCAGCCUCCUGCCCUGAGGGCUUCCUGGAGUCCCCCACCAGGGGGAAGGGAUGGCUUCCAGCUAUGGCUUUACUCCCUGAGGCCCCUAACUCUGGAAAGUGAGGAGACUCUGGCUCCGGAGACCCAAAACUUCUCCUGGGCCCAGCUGUCCCCGGGCACUGAGUUCCUGGUGCAGCUGGCCACGCUGCGGGGGCCGGACCAGAGCAGCAGCACCAACGCCACAGGCUGGACGUGCCCCCUUGCCCCUCGUCUGGUAAAUGUGACCAGUGAAGGUCCCACCCAGCUCCGGGCAUCCUGGGUCCAUGCUCCUGGAGGCCGGGACAGCUACCAGGUGACCCUGUACCAGGCAGGCACCCAGGUAGGCAUCAGCAUCGUGGGAGCCGAGGUGGACAGCACAAGCUUUUUGGCCCUGACACCAGGCACUAAGUACGAGGUGGAGAUUAUCUCCCAGGCCGGGCCCCUUCACACCUCAGCAGCCAACACCUCUGGCUGGACCUCUCCACUCACGCCCAAUGAGUUGUUGGUGUCGAUGCACGCAGGCACGGCCAUGGUCAACCUGGCCUGGGCCAGCAGCCCCUUGGGGGAAGGGGUAUGCCAUGCCCAACUCUCAGAGGCUGGGCACUUCUCCUGGGAACAGCCCCUGGUUCUAGGCCAAGCCCGCCUUGUCCUGAGAGGCCUUACACCUGGACGCAAUUUCUCCCUGUCGGUGCUGUGCCAGGCGGGGCCACUCCAGGUGUCCACUCACCCCGUGGUGCUGCCUGUUGAGCCUGGCCCCGUGGAGGAUGUGCAGUGCCAGCCUGAGCCCACCCACCUGACUCUGAACUGGAUAGUGCCCCCCGGGGAUGUAGGUGCCUGUCUGGUGGUGGCAGAGCAGUUGGUAAUGGGAAAGGAUGCUCACCUCGUGUUCCAGGCCAACAUUUCCAAGGAUGCAGUCCUGCUGCCCAACCUGGUGCCUGCCACUUCCUACCGCCUCAGCCUCACCAUGCUGGGCAGGAAUGGUCUGUGGAGCCAGACGGUCACCCUGGUGUGUGCCACGUCUGCUGAGGCCUGGCAUCCACUAGAAUUAGCCCCAGCCCCCCAGCUGGAGCUUGGGACAGAAUUGGGAGUGAUGAUCACGCCAGGCAUGUUUGGCAAGGAUGAUGGGCAGAUCCAGUGGUACGGCGUCAUUGCCACCACCAACAUGUCGUUGCCUUCGCCUUCCCAGAAAGCCAUCAGCCACACGUGGUACGACCACUACUACAGGGGACAUGACUCCUACCUGGCUAUCCUGCUCCCCAACCCCUUCUUCCCAGGGCCCUGGGCUGUGCCGAGAUCCUGGACAGUGCCUGUGGGCAUAGAAGACUGUGGUCACGUCCAGGAGAUAUGCAACGGGCCACUCAAGUCAGGUUCUCAGUAUAGGUUCAGUGUUGUGGCCUUCACCAGAUACAGCCCUCCAGAGACUAUUAUCUCCUUCUCCACCUUCUCAGAGCCCCAGACCAGCGUCUCCCCAGCAGCAAUGCCCCUGUCUAUAGUGGUGGGCAUUGUGGUGGUCUGUGUCCUUAUCACCUGUGCCAUGCUGGGCCUGCUGUGUUGGAGGAGGGUGAAGGGACAGAGGGCACAGAAGAAUCAGUUUUCCCAAGAGCUGAUGGCUUACAACCUGCGGCGAACCCACCGGCCCAUCCCUAUCCACAUCUUCCAGCAGAGCUAUGAGGCUAAGAGUGCUCAUGCUCACCAGGCUUUCUUUCUGGAGUUCGAGGAGUUGAAAGAGGUGGGCAAGGAGCAGCCCAGACUGGAGGCUGAACACCCCGCCAACACUACCAAGAACCGUUACCCACAUGUGCUACCCUAUGACCACUCCAGGGUCAGGCUGACCCAGCUAGAGGGAGAUCCUCAUUCUGACUACAUCAACGCCAACUUCAUCCCAGGCUACACCAACCCACAGGAAUUCAUUGCUACUCAGGGACCUCUCAAGAAAACACUGGAGGAUUUUUGGCGGCUGGUGUGGGAGCAACAGGUCCACAUCAUCGUCAUGCUAACUGUGGGCAUGGAGAACGGGAGGGUGCUGUGUGAGCAUUACUGGCCAGCUGAUUCCACCCCUGUCACCCACGGCCACAUCACCAUCCACCUCCUGGCUGAGGAGCCCAAGGAUGAGUGGACCAAGCGGGAAUUCCAGCUGCAGCAUGUUGCCCUGCAACAGCAGCGGAGGGUGAAGCAACUACAGUUCACCACCUGGCCUGACCAUAGCGUCCCUGAGGCCCCCACCUCCCUGCUCACCUUUGUAAAACUGGUACAGGAGCAGGCGAGGGCCACUCAGGGCACUGGACCCAUCCUGGUACACUGCAGUGCGGGUGUGGGCCGAACAGGCACUUUUGUGGCCAUCUUGAGGCUGCUGCAGCAGUUGGAGAAAGAGCAGAUGGUAGACGUGUUCCACGCUGUGUAUGCGCUCCGGCUGCACCGGCCUCUCAUGAUCCAGACCCCGAGCCAGUACAUCUUCCUGCACAGCUGCCUCCUGAACAAGAUUCUGGAAGAGCCCUCCGACAUCUCUGAAUCUGAGCAGACUAGAAGGGGAGCUGGGCAGCCUGGAGAGCCUUCCCCACCUCCGCCCCUCCGCAGGUCCCAGCCCAUCUCUGUGAUGAACUUUGCGGAGGCAUGCAGCAAGAGGGCAGCCAAUGCCAACGCUGGCUUCUUGAAGGAGUAUGAGGUCCUGCUGGAGGCCAUUAAGGACAAAGCUGGCUCUUCCACGCCCCCUUCUGGCUGUGAGAAGGACAGCAUAGUCUCUAACUAUAGUUCUCAAGUGCAAUUUUCUCCAGUGGCAGAGAGCCCCCCAGAUGACAUGCCGGAAGCCUGGCUCUUCCCUGGUGGGCCUUCUGGCCGUGAUCACGUGGUGUUGACUGGCCCUGCAAAGCCACAGGAGCUCUGGGAGCUGGUGUGGCAGCAUGGGGCUCAAGUGCUGGUCUCCCUGUGCCCACCUGAUGCCAUGGAGAAGCCACAGGAGUUCUGGCCAACGCAGAUACAUCCCAUCAUCACAGACUUAGUGACUGUGCACUGGAUAGCUGAGAGCAAUACAGCAGGCUGGCCUUGUACCCUCUUUAGGGUCACACAUGGGGAGAGUGGGAAGGCGAGGCAGGUGCGGCGAUUGCAGUUUCCAUACUGGGAGUCGGGGUGUGAGCUGCCCCCCAGCACCCUGCUAUCCUUCCUGGCUGCUGUGAGCGAGUGCUGCUCCCAGGGAAAGAGCAAGAAAGCAGGCACACUGCUCAGCCACUCCAGCAAGGGCUCAGCCCACCUGGGCACCUUCCUGGCCAUGGAACAGCUGCUGCAGCAGGCAGGGGCUGAGUGCACUGUGGAUGUCUUUAACGUGGCCCUGCAGCAGUCGCAGGCCUGUGGCCUCAUGACCCCAACGCUGGAGCAGUAUAUCUAUCUCUACAACUGUGUGAACAGUGUGCUGGUGGACAGGCUGCUCUGAGUCCAUGAUGGUCACCAUGCUGUGCUGGAGCAGAAGAAGUCUGUGCUCUGGCUCAGCCUCCCUGGAAGAGCAACCUCCACUGGGCCCUGUGCUGUGAAGGGGCAGAGUUGGGGAAUAAAGACAUG